UAGUGUCAUAGUCAUACAAUUGUUGAUGCGUAUCAAAGAGUAUAGUAACUAUGUAUAAGGAAAUGCGUAUCGUCAGGACCGACGGUACGCACUGACGGUCGGUCAAGCUCUGAAACCAGCCUAUAUAAACUCUUUGCUAUAUAAUUUCCAAACGUCAAAUCCAGUAUUUUGAGGUUAUGAUUAAGUAAACAAUAAUAAAAAUGUUUAGAAGAUUAAGAUAUUCGCAGUUAUCCGCGUUUUGCGCUAAUUAUGCAACAAAAGUAGAAAUUGAUGCAAAUAUCAGAGAUGGUUUUGAAUCAAAACAAUAUAAGCCGCGAAACCACCCUGGAAGAACGAAAGUCAAAGUGGCCACAAUACCUCCUGUUAUUCAAAAAGCAAUUAAAAUCGUUUUAGACGAUAAUGGUUCCAAAAUGUACUUAGAAGAAAGUGAAAAAUUAGCUAAUUACCUAAACUCGCGUCAUCUACCACCGGAAGACGGAGAAAUUCAAGUAAAAACUGCGAAAAUCUACAAUAGCGUUUCUGAAAAUUAUUACUCCAAACUGAACCAAGACAACCAAGAGUUGACUGAAGACGAAAAGUACAAACACGACAAACACAUUCAAAGCAAAGUGUUCAAUAUAUUGAAGAAAAACGUGUAUUCUUGGGGAAAUAUAUCAUAUGAUAAGCCUACAUGCUUACAGUAUUUGCUAGCCAGAGCCGCGCCUGAAUAUGCUGUACUAUUAAGAGUUCUUGAUGAAAUAAAACGCAAACUACCAGAUUAUAAGCCUAGAAGCUUCUUCGACUUUGGUUCAGGAGUAGGGACAGGUACCUGGGCAGUAAACACCGUAUGGCCUGGUGAUAUCUUCGAAUAUUUCACCGUCGACACUUCAAUACAUAUGAACGACCUUGCCAGAUUGUUACUUUGUCAUGGUAAAGAUAAUGUAGAAAUGCCGUACAAAGCUUACUUCCAACGACAGUUCCUUCCCGCAUCAUCAGAUAUUAAGUACAAUAUAGUAUUAUCAGCAUUUUCAUUUUUUGAACUACCGAGUAUGAAAAGCCGAUUGGAAACUAUACAAAAGCUUUGGAAUAAAACUGAAGAUUUUCUCAUUUUAAUUGAACAAGGUACAAACGCUGGGUUCCGAGUAAUCAAUGAAGCUAGAGAAUUUGUUCUAAGCAUAACGGAUGAACAAAACAAGGGACACGUUUUUGCUCCCUGUCCAAAUGACCAAAUCUGUCCACGAUUCCUCGAACAAAAGACUCCAUGCAAUUUUCUGAUGAAGUACGAAUCAUUGGGUUAUCCGACGAAAGUUGAAUUGUUCGGAGAACUAUUUAGUUACGUAAUUUUAAGGAAAGGUGAACGGCCAGCUAACGAUCCCCAAUGGCCAAGAAUUGUUAGAGCUCCUUUAGUACGAUCUGGACACACUAUUUGUAGAUUAUGUACGAAAGAAGGGGAAUUGAAGGAAAUUAUAUUUUCAAAGAGUAAAUUUGAUCAAACUACGUACAGAUGUGCUAGAUCGAGUAAUUGGGGGGAUGAGUUGCCUGUUAAAUAAAUCGUAAAUCAAUAA